AAAGUCGCAUUUGCCGUCAGUGCAGUAAUAAACAUUCUAGGACUCUAACCUAUUUUAUAACAUAGAGCUGUCAUUUAACGCCUUUAUUCAGAUUUGUUGUAGAAUGUAUCUUCUUCAGAUUUAUCCAACGGAUGUUGUGACGUUCAAUCAUUAACAGUGACGUCAUCACAUGCGGCCCGUGCUCUGAAAAUCAUUCAAACUGUUGGCGGUAAAGCUGACUGACGGUGCUCAGUACAAUGGCUCCUCGUAAAUUUGUCAUUAAGUGUGGGAACUUUGCUGUGCUUGUGGAUCUCCACGUUUUACCCCUUCGAGACCCACAGGAUGCCAGCUGGUUUACUCCAGACAAUACUGAGGAGGUGGCAGAGCUUGUUCGAGAUGCUGUCGACCAGAGGGUUAAGGCGUAUGCAGAUUCUCUUCGCAAUAAAAAACACCAAAAACAAAGAAAGGAGCUUACACCUGCCUCCACCUUUUACUUGAAAGGCAAAAACUUCCACUUGGCUGCCAACUUUUUGAAGCGGCACUCCAACCUCAGAUGUAUUUCCAAGCAUCUGUACGGGGAUUUGCGUGUGUUUCCUGAGCGAUACGUUGUGUGUGUGAGCUGUCCAGAGGAUGCCCCGGCGCAGCGUGGAAACCUGAGCCUCGCCGCGACUGAGCUGGGCGAACAAAGCAGAUCGGAAUAUUUUUCCAGAGUUGGCGAAACCCAAGAGCCUUUAAACAGCCCCGCAAAAACAAAGAAGACAGUUCUUCAAAAGAUAGCCAAACAAUCUCGUGUCCAGCAGGAGCUCGACAGCCGUAGCAUUAGAGGGCGGGAAACUCACCAGAGUGUCCGUCCCAAAGACACGAGAAGGGACGUGAGAGCUGAAGAUUCUGAGUUAAGGCAGAAACACACAGUGAGCAGCUCUGGAGAGAAGGUCCUCCCGGAGGCAGAUCUGAAUGCUGUAACUGAAGAGGUGGGUCAGACUGAGCUUAGUGCUCCAGACAGCAUCCACCCGAAUGGGGCCAUCCAAGAAACCCAUCAGACUAACAACAAGAGGUGCAAGCCAGUGGAAGCAGGGGAAGACCCUAACCCACAGAGGGCCAAGAGGACAUGCCUUGGAAGACCCUUAGCCACAGCACUAAGUCAUUCGGCUAAGUGCUCCACGCAAGCAUUCAGGCAAGAUCUUCCUGUGCUGCCCAUUCCUCAAGCCGAGGCCAGCGCAGAAUCCAAGGCUUUCCCAGUUGCCGAGUGCAAGAAAACCACACUGGAAGUAGAGCUGCUUACUCCAGGGAAACGGGCCCAGAGGCUCCCCCUCACAAGCAAUAACACGGCACAGACAAACCAAAACAGGCUGGCCACAAGUCUGAGGGGCCUAUCUGUCAAGCCUGCAUCCUCAGGCGCCUCUAUUAGUUCCAGAUCCACACUCGUAGAGGAGGGGAGUGAAAAUGUGCCCAGAACCUCCAGAUUACGACGACUGAAGAGGUCCUGAGGGGGAGAGACAAGCUACAAUAAAGAUGCCUGACGCCACGGAGAUAGAGAUGAUAUUGUGCCAGGCUACAUGUUUACCCCAUGCAGCCUCCUCAGAUGAGUCACAUUUUACUACAAUAUGUAUUAUUUCACAUUUGGUGCAGACACACACAGACAGAUCAAAUGCUGAACACAUUAUGGCAACUGAUACGCGAGUGUUUAAAUUACGCUUUGUCAAAUACUUGAAACAGAUUUUGCCUCCACCCAUAAGUAGUGGUGGUCAAGAGAGCCUCGCGGAUGAAAGUCAAAAACCUUUAAUUGGAGUUAAGAUUUGGUUUUGUGUUAAAGAUUGGGGAUUUCAGACAGGCAGGAGCCAUGCAGUACGUCAUGGCUCUCCGUCUGAAACGCUGGCUCCUAUGUGUCUGAAAACUGUCCAGUUUCCCCAGUGAAGCUCUGCUGUGAUUGAUUGCUGUUUCCAGAUUUAUUUCAUCACCUCUUUCUCAAGAAUGUACUUUUUUACUAUUAUUUCAUUCAUGCACAAGUUGCUCGGUAUUUAGUUGCUAAGAACAUGGAAUGUUUGUCUUAAUUUGAGAUAAUUUCAUAUCGAACAUGCCACAAAUAUUUGCACAUAUAUAGGCAAUAUUGAAAUAUUAAAGUUAAAUUGUAGCUAUAACAUUCAACAGGGCCAGAGAGAACAUGAAGCAGCUUGGAGUCUCUUAUGAAACCUGUUGUUUUUGACAUGUUGGACAAAUGGACAUCAAUCCUUAUUUGAUUUUAUUUACUGGAAAGAUGUUUUAAAAUUUUAAUAAAUAAUUUCCUCAGGAAAAAAA